AUUCCAUUCGGUUUCAGUUUGGCAGUAGCUUCUGCUCGGAAUCAAAAUUUUCCUAUAUUUCGGCCCUUAUUUCAAAAUUAAAAGUCUUUCCAAAUUGUUAAUAUGGUAGUUACCAUUGUUGCCUCUCCGCAUAAAAAAACUGGUCGUGUGGUACCUCCCAAAAGUACCCCAGUUGCCGACAAAUCUCGAUCCGUUUCCACGCUUCUAUCGACUCAUAAGCGAAAGGGGCCGAUGAGCCUUGGAAUCAAGCGUGCCGCAGCCGGCGCGCUAACGAGUCUUAGCGGACCGAUAGCCGCCGGACCUGUGGGCCUUGGCCUGGUCACUGGAACGGAUAGGAAUGGAUUCCCGCAACACAUUGCGGCCUCAAAGGCACAAGCGACAGCAACCCGUCCAGCAGCUCCGAUCCCGCCGCCACGCUCAUACCUCCGGGCAGGGACAUCAGCAGCACCCGCUUCUGCCUCCGCUCGCCUUGCUGCCAAGGUGCCUGGUGCCCCAGUCGUCGGAUUGGUCUCACACACCGGAAGCAGCAACAUAAGCCAACCUCCGUCAGUCACCAAGAAGAGCUCCCUGUCCAGCCGUAAGCUUGGAGGUGGCAAAACCACAGAUUCCAGCAUCAAGCGGCGCGUAAAGUUCUCGGCAAAUGUGCACACAUUCCCUUCCCUUACAAACACCAAGAAGUCCACCCGGAUUGGCGAGCUACAGCUGAAGAAGAAGGUAAAGAAGCUGAAGCGGAUCCGAUCGCGUCGGGAGGGCGGAAGUGGUGAGACAGCGCGUGAUCUCCUUAACUCAAGUGGUAUAGCCGCAAGUAAUCUGGACAUUUACAAACACGGCGUUAUCGUUGAUGUGGAACCAGUUAAAACACCAGAACCACCACGUGUUCUGCGCCUAAACGUUGUGGGCAAAUCAUCGCCGGCGACGGGAAAAUCUGCAUUAAUAACAGCGCUGCGGCGUAAGGCUAAAAGAUCAGCAGAACAGGAAGAAAAGUCCAAAGAAUCUAUAGCUACUGCUACAGGUAGUAGGACCGGAAAGCCCAAGACAAAGACGAUCAGAAAAAGUGGUGGUAGCAGCGCGAAGACUCUGCUCGCAUCCAGCUCUCAUUUGGUGGAUAGUAGGGCUGGCUUAGAGGGGAGGAAGAAAUCAGUAGUAACGGCGGCAACUGCCAGUCAGCGGGUUAGUCAUAAACAAAAACAAAAUGGGCGGCGAGGCCAUGGAAAAAUCUGAAGGCGGCGAUCAGCCGGAGAGUGCUGGCGAGAAGGAGCAGGUGCAUCAAGGAGCAGACCAACAGGUUCAACGGGAAAAGCGUCGUCGAAGUGUGUCUCCUGAUGGGGGCGAUGUAGGCAGUGUAAAGAUGGCUGAUGUGGUUUUAGAAGGCGCAUCGGAUGUUGCCGUAACUAAGAAGCGGAAAAUCACCGAAGAAGCCGCCGCUGCUGCCAAAGUCAACAGCGAAGCCAUCACAUCGGCGACUGGUCCAAACACUUCCACACAAGCAGCCGCCUCCGCCAACGAGGAGGAUGACAAGGACAAGGAAGACGAUAAGGAUGCCAAAAAGAAGAAGAACCGAUGUGGCGAGUGCCGCAAGAAAGUUGGCCUGACCGGUUUCCAGUGUCGCUGCGGCGGUCUGUACUGCGCCGUGCAUCGUUAUUCUGAUAAACAUAACUGCACAUUCGAUUAUAGAGAGCAUGGCGCACAGGAAAUCCGACGCAACAAUCCGGUUGUCGUUGGCGAGAAGAUUCAAAAGAUUUGAAUUUCGAUAUUGUGCCAGUAACAGUAACAGUAGCCGUAGAAUGAUAAUAACCAACUACACAUGAUAAGAGUACAUAUAUAUAUAUAUGCUGCGCUAUAACAAGGAAAGCAACAAGAAAAACAACACCAGCAGAAAGCAUAAACACACACCACACAAAAUCACACAGAGUAAUGCUAAAUGAAUCGAUAAAAACUGUAAUUGUAAUUUAAUUAUAAUGUAAACAGCAAUUUCAAGCAACAAUAGUUCAGAGAAACGAUAACCAAAUACCCCGCAAAAAUGAAGCAACAACUGGAACAACAAUUUCGAUGCUCAACAACGUUAAGCUAGCAACGUCCAGCAGCAAGCUGCGGCAGCAACUUGCCACAAUGCACCAGGAAGCAGCGUUCAGCGGCCAACACCUUUGAACCAGACGCGUGACAGCGUUAGCAAGUGCAACAACAAUCACCGCCGCGUUUGUGGAAUACGCAGAGCAAACGCAGCAACAUCAACAACAACCAGCACAACCGAUUGCCUUGGUCGCCUGCUGAGCUGGGCCGAAAAAAAAACAGUCUUGAAGAAAACACCUUUCAUCGAUCAACGUUGAAAUAGUUUGUUAUUCCAAAUACAAUUUGAAAAUUGUUUGUAUUUAGCUAAAAAUCCAACAAACAACACACGGCCACAUUUGCAACGACAACAAGCACACAACAAACAACAAACCUUUGUUUCAUGUUAUCAAACACCGCAACAAUCUUUUAGUAAGACAAUGUGUGUCAUUUGUUUUUGUAAUAUGUUGGAGUGUAUUAAAU